UACAACGACAUUUGUUGGAAGGGUGCGCCGGACAACUUCCAAGGCCUAGAAAAUCACUUCCCGUCGGCGGAGUUUGUGUUUGGCGACAACGCGCGGCUGUCCCUGCCGCCGCUGCGCUACCUGUUUGUAUCGCGGCCGGGCGAGUAUUGCCUGGGUGUUUUUGAUAACGGCGGGUCUGGCACACUCAUUGGCGGUGUUAGUGUCCGAGACGUCGUAGUUACGAUGUUUAAUCCCGAGGCUUUAUGCCGCAAUGCCCCCUGCCCCGCGGCGUCUGGCUGCCGCUGCAUUGCGUUGCCCGUUGCAUCGACGCCGCCGCAGUACGACCGCCGGAACGGCCGAGUCGGCUUGACCACCAUGCCCUGCGAGGAGGUGGCGGCGGACCUUGCCUCGCGGCCCAACAGCACCCCGGCACCCGGCAACGUCACCCUCCUCGCAUCGCCACCGCCUUCCGAGGCCAAGACUGAGCAGCCGCCGCCACCGUCGUCACCCUCAGCGCGCGUGAAUUUUACAGCGGCACAGGAUGCAGCCAGCCGAGCGGCUGGUGUUGUGGAAACGUCCCCAAGCGAGCCGCCGCUGGCGUUUUCGCGGGCUGCCUUAAACAUUAACUUUGCUGUCAUUAUUGGUGUCAGUACCGCCAUUGCGGCCUUGUUUACGGUGGGCGAGGUCGUGUUCCUUGGGCGCAGCACUCUAGGAGCAUUGACUACAAAGAUUGUGGAGCGUUUCAGUGGGCAAGGCAGCAGUCGGCUCGCACCGCAAGAUGAAGCGGAGGCGACGCCGCUGACAGAUAUCCGGGAGGACGGGCACAGAACGGACGUGGAAGCUGCGGAUAUGGCUGCAGCCCCACCGAUAAGACAGUGA